UAUAUUGCCCUUCUCAUCCCUUAGGCGACUCACAAUGUAUUGAAACAGCUGUGGAUCCGGACGGGAGGCAGACUGCGUUGGCUAAUGCAGAAGGUUGGAUGAGCAAAGGUUGGGGAAAUGAGGACUCCGUGGCACCACGUCCUGGAUGCAAUAAGGAAAACAAUAAUAUAGGAAGAAGAAAUGCUCUCAAGUUGAUGAGCUCACUUACAGACAAGAAAGGAAGAUAGAGUCACAUAUCUGUGUUUCAAUUAAACACCCACAUCACUGUUGACAUGGAGGAAGCAUCUAAAUGUCUAGAGUUUGGAGAGAGUUUCACUCAGAAGGAUCCUCUGCAGCAACAGGAAAGGCCUCCCGCUGCAAAGAUGCUCCAUGAAUGCUCAGAGUGUGGAAAGACCUUCACUCAUCUUUCGGGUUUACAUACACAUCAAAGGACCCAUACAGGGGAGAAACCCUAUAGAUGCCUGGAGUGUGGGCAGAGCUUCGCUCAAAGUUCGACAUUACGCACACAUGAAAGGACGCACACUGGGGAGAAGCCCUAUACAUGCCAGGAGUGUAAAAAGAGCUUUGCUCAGAGAAGAGAUCUACGUUCCCAUGAAAGGAUUCACACUGGGGAGAAACCCUAUACAUGCUUGGAGUGUGGACAUAGCUUCACUCAUAUUUCAGGUCUGCGUUCACAUCAAAGGACCCACAGUGGGGAGAAGCCCUAUAUAUGCUCGGAGUGUGGGCAGAGCUUCACUCAUCGUUCAGGUUUACGUUCACAUCAAAGGAUUCACACUGGAGAGAAACCUUAUAAAUGCCCAGAGUGUGGAAAGAGCUUCACUGACAGUGGAGGUCUACAUUUACAUAAAAGGAUUCAUACUGGGGAGAAACCCUAUAAAUGCCUGGAGUGUGGAAAGAGCUUUGUUCAAAGUGCCGAUCUACGUUCACAUGAAAGGACCCACACUGGGGAGAAGCCCUAUACAUGCCUAGAAUGUGGGCAGCGCUUCACUCAUAGUUCAAGUCUUCGUUCACAUCAGAGGACGCACACUGGGGAGAAAUCCUAUAAAUGCUCGGAGUGUGGGCAGAGCUUCACUCAUAGUUCAGGUCUGCAUUCGCAUCAAAGGACUCACACUGGGGAGAAGCCCUAUAAAUGCCUGGAGUGUGGACAGAGCUUCACCCAGAGUUCAAGUCUACAUAAACAUGAAAUUACGCACACUGGGGAGAAACCCUAUAAUUGCCCGGAGUGUGGACAGAGCUUCACUCAGAAUGGAAGUCUACACAGACACCAAAGGACUCACGCUGGGGUACAACCCUAUGAAAACAUGGCGUGUGAAGAUAGCUUCCCUGAGAGUUCAGAUCUGUUAUGGUUUGAUGCGUGCAGACCGGCUGAAGAUUAGCCCUUUGUAUCUUCAAAAAUGAGCCACACAAGUAGAAGAAAUGCAAAACUCAAAUUUAUGCAGCAGAGUUCAUGAAAAAAGACUUCAACACAAACUUUCCGGUAAUACAGUCACAGUUCCUUUGCUGCAUCAGACUCACGUAUAGUCUUUUCAUUUGAUUCAUGCUGUGCUUCCCAUCAGAAAAUGUAUCUUUUUCUAGUCUUCAUUUCUGGUUCAUGGAGACGAGCAUGGAAGACAAACUUGCCAGCGUCACAAUAGGCUGUAAGCCAGGAGCUUACACCGAGAUAGCCCAGGAGCAAACAUUCAGUAAGCUCAGAGGCAUACAACAAACACUCCCCAGUUAGAUCUCUUUAGGGUGGCCAAAACUUGAUGACCUUAAUUACUCCAGUUACUCAGCCUGUGGGUUGUAAUUAACCAGGGUGAGUCUUUUUCUCUUAACACACACCCGGUAGUGAUCCCACAAGAACUUAAACAUCUUAAUACCUCUCCCUGUGUUAAGAAGGGGAAAAAAUCCUUGUUGCAUGGUGCAUUCAAAUAUUCCUAAGUUAUUUGGGACCGCUUUGUGCUGCUGGGCACUUGAUGGUUUUGUUAAUAUAUCUGCCAGAUUCAGAGAUGUGUUACAGUACAUUAAAUUAAUUUCACCAUUCUUUA